UUCUUUUACUGCACUGCAGCGUUAUAAACACCCAGAGCGAGGAAGGAAACUGCUCCUGAUGCUCAACUUCAUCUUUGUGGAGCUCGAGGAAGGAGGACUUCUCACCAGAAGCUCCGCUGGAGCCGAGCUGCGCCGCGCGUUUUCAGCACAAACUCACUUUUACGCAUUUUCCCCCAAACUAAAGGACGUUUUUCAUUUCUUCUUUUAGUGUUUUUAGUGUUUUUAACAGAAGCCUUGUUUUACCAUGGCUGUCUGAAGACACCACUUUUCUACUUUCUUUCUUUCUUUUUGGAUUUUUGUUUUCCAUCCAGAUGUUCAGAGAGAGCUGGAGGCUGGCACAGUACCACAUGAUGAGGUCCAUGGAUCAAGAUGAGCCCAACCUUGUGCCUCASAAAGUCCUCAGUCCUGAGACCCAGCAGGCCUUCCCUCUGGACCAGCCCUCCCCGUACAGGAUCAAGUCCUGCAGCCCCUCCUACGUGGAGCACAGCGGGGUCCUGCCGGGCUAUGAGAGCCAGGAGGCCAGGACCUACCUGGACAGCACCCGGCCMGUGGGCCUGGCUCUGAGCCCUCGUAUCGAGAUCACCCCCUCUCGUGAGCACUACAGCCAGGGCCGGGACUUCCUGCAGAACCAGCACCUGAACAUCAGCCCCCGACCCACCCUCACCGUCCCCGGCCACGAGAGCCUGGCCUUCCGGGAGCCCCAGUGUUUGAGUCCGGCCAGCAGCAACUCCUCCACCAGCUGGCACUCWGAGAGCUACUCCCCCUGGGCGUCCCCCUGCGUGUCUCCCAGCAACGGCCAGAACCCGUCCGACCUGUGCCCCCGGCUGCAGGGCAUCCACACCAGCUCCCCCCGCACCUCCCCGGGCACCUCCCCGCGCACCAGCCUGGCCGAGGACGCCGGCCCCGGGGCCCGCUCGCCCUCGCCCCGGCCCGGCUCCCGCUCCACCUCCCCCCAGGGCAAACGCACCUACGAGAUGUACCGGAACCCAGGGCUGAUCCCGGGCCACCGCUCCCCCAGCCCCUCCCAGCACGGCGGCCACGAGGAGCUCAACGUAGGAGCCCACUUUCCACACGGCGGGCCGGUCGAGGCCGUGAACGGGUUUGGCAGCGCUCAGCCAGGACUGGUGCCCUCGAAAAUAGUGAAGACCUCCAACCAGGUCUACAGCCUGUACCCAGAGAACCAYGGCGAGGGGAACUACCUGGUGUCCGGUGAGCAGGACAUCAAAACCAAACCUGCAGCAGAGUCUUUCUUCGUCAUCCCACAGAUCUGGCCCAAGCCUCUGGUUUCCAGCAUCUGCAGCAUCCCUCUGGCUUCACUCCCCCCGCUGGAAUGGCCCCUCCCGACUCGCACGGACCAGUUUGAGCUCCACAUCGACGUGCAGCCCAAACCCCACCACAGGGCUCACUAUGAGACCGAGGGAAGCAGGGGUGCAGUCAAAGCCCCCACAGGAGGGCACCCUGUUGUGCAGUUACACGGCUACAGAGGCAAAGAUCCACUCGGCCUGCAGAUUUUCAUCGGUACAGCAGACGAGCGCAUCCUCAAGCCUCACGCUUUUUAUCAAGUCCAUCGCAUCACYGGCAAGACGGUCACCACCAGCAGCUUUGAGAAGAUCAUCAACGGCACCAAAGUCCUGGAGAUCCCUCUGGAGCCGAAGAACAACAUGAAAGCCAUAAUCGACUGUGCGGGGAUCCUAAAGCUCAGAAAUGCUGACAUCGAGCUGAGGAAAGGCGAAACAGACGUGGGUCGUAAAAACACGCGAGUUCGUCUGGUGUUCCGGGUUCACGUCCCUCAGCCUGGAGGACAACACGUCUCUCUCCAAGUGGCUUCACAUCCCAUAGAGUGCUCCCAGCGCUCGGCUCAUGAGCUUCCCAUGGUGGAGAAGCAGGACCUGGACAGCUGCUCUGUUCUGGGUGGCCAGCAGAUGAUCCUGACCGGGCAGAACUUCAGCUCCGACUCAAAGGUCAUGUUUGUGGAGAAGACCCAGGACGGGCAGCAAAUCUGGGAAAUGGAAGCRACCGUGGACAAAGACAAAAGCCAGCCUAGCAUGCUGUUUGUGGAGGUGCCGUCUUACCGGGACACAUCUGUGUGUCGUUCUGUCAAAGUCAACUUCUACGUCAUCAACGGCAAGAGGAAACGCAGCCAGCCUCAGCAUUUCACCUUCACUCCUCUGGCGUCUCCGUACAUUAAGGCCGAGCCUUUAGAUGAGUAUGAAGAGGACCACCUGGGCUUUGGGGUGCCUCAGAUCUUAGGUUUAUCCCCCCACUCCUACUACCACAGCCCCCGCAGUGUCCUGUACCCGGACAUGGCCUCCCGCCAGUGCUUCAGCUCCAGCCUUCCAAGCCAGGAUUCCCGUUUCCAGCACCAGAGCCCGGCUAUAGUCUACUCCCGCGGAGGAAGAAGCCUCAGCGUCAGCCCCGGCUCGUGGCAGGCCGGGGGGGCCGUGCCCGACCCCCACCGCUCGGUCCUCGUCCACACGGGCUCCCCGGUCCAGUCGGCGCCACACCCGUCCAUCAUCCAGUUCUCCACCGCCAACCAGCAGCUGCUGAGGGCGGGGGAGRGUCCGACACUGCCUCCCCCUCAGCCUGACGACCUGCUCUACUGCGACGGCUACCCCCCGCAGCCCGCGCCCCACUCACCCACACACCCCCAGGCCCACACCGCGGGGCCCCACCCACAGCCGUGCCCCACUGUGAUCCAGCAGAAAGGCCGGGCUGCACCGGGGCAGAUGGAGGGUCCGGGUGGACCCCAGAGACGAGUGACAGUCAAGGAGGAGAACCUGGACCAGGCCUACCUAGAUGAUGUGAAUGAGAUCAUUCGAAAUGAUCUGACAGGCGUUCAGGCCRGAGGCCAGACAUAGACGACGGAACCAAACAGGAAGUGACAUCAUUCCCCACAGCCACACACUUCACUCAGGCUGCAGCACUCCACAGAGGCGACCACACCUCCUCCUCACCUGCAGAGGAGCACCAGCUGCUGCCUGCUGUGUUUGCUCUGUUCUCAUGUCCAGCUGUAAAACCUGUCCAACAGAGCAGAUCCUUGGACCAGUCCCUGCAGAACAGAACCUUCACCUUCAUUCAGUCGCCUUCUCAAGUUCCUGCUGAGGAGCAGCAGCAUGGAGACAACACUGACGUCUCUAAAAUAGCUUUAUUCACUCUGUUCAGGUCAGAAACUACCUUCUAGCCUUACGUUAGCCCUGGAUCUUUAUUCUGUAGCGAGCAGCAGCAGCUUCACUAAAAAGUCCCAAAACCAGAACCUGAAGCACAACUGUGAUGUUUUUAGGAUUAUCUGUUGCUUGGACAUGUUUCUGUUUGUCUGUGUGGACCUUUCUGUUCGUAGUGUUUUUGUUGAUCAUCUCAUUUCAGUGCAGUUCUGUAACUGAAGACAGACGCACCGAGCCUUAAGCAAGUGGAACUGAAUUAUUCUGCUGCUGCCUAAUAUGCACCGUUUUUUAAUAGUGCUGAUUGGGGAGGUCAUCAUAGUGACUUUUAAUAUAAUAUCUAAUUCAUGUAAAUAAUAUACUAUUUUAUACUCUUAUUUAAUCAUUUYCAGGUUCCAAGGUUUUUUCACAGUGGCCUCUGAUACAGAUUUUUAAUUGGCCCUCAUUAGUUUAUACUGAUAAUUUAAAAGUCUUGUGUUUUUAGKCACAGUUUUGUGUUUAGUAGUUUUGACUGUUAGCAUUAGUUGUUUCCUUAGUAUUAGGGCCACACAGAGAUGAUUAUUAUUUUAUUACAAGAAUAAAGUAUUAUGAGAUUAAAGUUGUAUAAUAUAACGAGAAAAAAGUCAUGAUAUUAUGAAAAUAAAGUCAUAAUAUUACCAGAUUAAAGUCGUACUAUUACAAGAAUCUUUAAACGUUGUUCUUUAGUAUCAAUUAAAAGAAAUACUUAAUAUUUUAGCACAUUAGCAUCAAAUUAUCAGUAGCAAGCCUUUGAACUGAUUUCGUCA